UGGAAGAAAACACCAUCAGUGUCAGGAACUUCAUUUCAUAAUGGCAGAAAUAUCUUCUGGUGGUUUGCGGAUGAAAAAUACUUCAUGUCCAAAAAGAAAGCCAGGAACAGAAGACAGCAAAUCUUUUACUUGCCCUCACUGUGAAAAGGGAUUUGCAAGAAAAGGAUACCUUGUGGAUCACAUGAGAAUUCACACUGGAGAGCGCCCAUACUCAUGUCCUCAAUGUGAAAAGAGUUUUACUAAAAAAAAUUAUCUUUGUAUGCACAUGAAAGUUCACACUGGGGAGCGCUCAUAUGCAUGUCUUCAGUGUGGGAAGAGUUUCACUCAAAAAAACAGCCUUAAUGCCCAUAUGAGAAUUCACACUGGAGAGCGGCCAUACACAUGCACCCAGUGUGGAAAGAGUUUCGGACUGAAAGGACAUCUUACAGGUCACAUGAGAAUUCACACUGGAGAGCGUCCAUACCCAUGUCCUCAGUGUGGAAAGAGUUUUGGACUGAAAGGACACCUUACAGGUCACAUGAGAAUUCACACUGGAGAACGCCCAUACCCAUGUCCUCAGUGUGGAAAAAGAUUCAAACUAAAAUGUCAUCUUAAGAAUCACAUAAAUAUUCACACUGGAGAGCUUCAAUACGCAUGUCCUCAGUGUGGAAAGAGUUGUACAAGUCCAAUGCAUCUUAGAACUCACAUGAUAGUUCACACUGGAGAGCGCCCGUACACAUGUACUCAGUGUGAAAAAAGUUUCAAACAAAAUAGUAUCCUUAAGACUCACAUGAGAAUUCACACUGGAGAGCGCCCAUACACAUGUCCUCAGUGUGAAAAGAGUUUUAUGACGCAGGGACAUCUUACAGAUCACAUGAAGAUUCAUACUGGAGAGCGUCCUUACAAAUGUCUUCAUUGUGAAAAGAGAUUCUCAAAAAAAAGUUGCCUUGAUAUUCACAUGAGAAUUCACACUGGAGAGCGCCCAUACACAUGUACUGAGUGUGAAAAAAGCUUCAAGACGAAAGGAAAUCUUAAAGAGCACACUAAAAUUCACACUGGAGAGCGCCCUUACAAAUGUCUUCAGUGUAGAAUGAGUUUCGGCUCUAAAAAAACCCUUACAGAGCACAUAAAAGUUCACACUGGAGAGCGGCCAUACCCAUGUCCUCAGUGUGAAAAGAGUUUUCCUCAAAAAAGUACCCUUGAUGCCCACGUGAGAGUUCACACUGGAGAGCGCCCGUACCCAUGUCCUCAGUGUGGAAAAAGUUUUACACAAAAAAGUCAUCUUAUUAAUCACAUGAGGAUUCACACUAGAGAGCGUCCAUACUCAUGUCCUCAGUGUGAAAAGAGUUUUGUAGUAAAAGGACAUCUUACAGAACACAUGAGAAUUCACACUGGAGAGCGCCCAUAUCCAUGUCCUCAAUGUGAGAAGAGUUUCAUAGGAAAAGUAAAUCUUACAAAUCACAUGAGAAUUCACACUGGAGAGCGGCCAUACCAAUGUCCUCAGUGUGAAAAGAGUUUCAGACAGAGUGGACAUCUUACAGGUCACAUGAGUGUCCACAAUGGAAAACACCAAUACAUGUGUCUUCAGUGUGGAAAGAGUUUUAGACAGAAAAAAUCCCUUGAGAAUCACAUAAGUAACAAUGGAGAGUGCACAUCAACAUGUCUUUAAUGUGGAAAGGUCACACUGAACACAGGGAAUCAAACAUUUUAAUCCCAAAACUUGUAAAAAGCGAUUUGAUGUUAUCCUUCUUUAAAUGUUUUUUUUAUGACAUUUAUGACAGUCACUAUUUGUGCGUGUCUUUAGUCAGGGUUUUAAAUUUUUUAUUUUUGAAAUGUUAA